CGGAUUACAUUAACGCGGCAAUAGCCCAGAUUUGCUUCACCUACCCAAUGACAUUCACCUACCGUGGUGAUGCAUUUCUGGACGGAGACAGUCCAAUAGCAGUAGAGCUCGGUGCAGCAGCAUAGCGGGGAGGCGAGGUGAUUGGAGAAUCAGCUAAUGUUCGCCACGGAUCAUUCAGGGUACAUGACCGACCGAACCGGAAUGAUGAAAUGAAAACGACAGAAAAAGCUUCGUUGGCCAACCUAAUUUGCUAUGUGCUGUUAUCUCAUGAAACAAACACAAUCAACUUUCCUGUUUCGGGUGACUGAGCGAGCAACAGAUGAGUGACAUCACGGACGCCCUGCUUCACUUGGUGGAGAUCUGAAUUCCGGGAGAGCGAGGUCCCCACCCAGGUAUUGAACAGGUGUGAGAAAGAUGCUUGGCACUGGCUCAGAGCCCAGAGGAGUGGUGGAGGAAUGGCUGUCAGAAUUCAAGACCCUACCAGAAACCCACAUCUCCACCUACGCUGGCAGUCUCCAUCUGAAGAAGUGUCUGGUGCCGGCUCUCUACAGAGUCAUCCAGGACAGCAGCAGCGAGCUCCUGGAGCCAGUGUGUCACCAGUUGUUUGAGUUGUACCGGAGCUCUGAGGACCGCUUGAGACGUUUCACAUUGCAGUUUCUCCCUGAGCUGGUCUGGGUGUACCUCCGCAUCACAGCCAGCAGAGACCGCCAGAGCAACGGCUGCAUAGAGGCCCUGCUGCUAGGCAUAUACAACCUGGAGAUUGUGGAUAAAGAUGGAAACAGCAAGCUGCUGUCAUUCACCAUCCCCUCCUUGUCCAAGCCCUCGAUGUACCACGAGCCCUCCAGUCUCGGCUCGAUGGGUCUAACAGAGGGAGCUUUAAGCCAUCAUGACCUUAUCAGGGUGGUCUACAGUGGACUGCACCCUCAGAGAGAGACCUUCACUGCCCAGAACAGGUUUGAGGUUCUGUGUUUCCUCAUGCUGUGCUACAACUCUGCUGUGGUCUACAUGCCUCUGUCCUCCUACCAAGCCGUCUGCCGGAUGAGUUCACGGUUGUGUGUUUGUGGUUUUCCACGGCAGCAACAGAAGUUGUGGAGAGAGCCGUGUAACAGAGUGGUUCUUGAACCAGAGUUCAUGGUCCAGAUGUUAACUGCUGUCUACCAUGCCAUAUACAAUGGAGAGUGGGAGAUGGGGAAGGAAGCUCUGGAAGACAUCCUCUACAGAGCCCAGCUGGAGCUCUAUUCUCAGCCUCUACUGCUGGGUAACGCUAUGAUGAGUUCCCUGCCAGAUAGCGCGCCCGACGAGACCCUGGGACGGAAGGUGCUCCAGGUAGAGGUCACCCCAACUGUCAGCCGCAUCUCUCGCUCCGCCAUCACCGCCGCGUCCAUCAGACGACACCGCUGGAAAAGAGAGGAUUGUUUUGACUCAAACGAAGCAGACCUCCACAUCACCGUCACACCUAGCCACACCUCAUGGGAUCCCGCAACCAGUGGAGAGCAAGGCGGGAGGGGCUACAGAAGCAUACCCCCUGUGGCAUUGGAGGAUGCUGAUGGGAUGAGUGUAGGAGAGGACUCGUUCAAUCUCAAUGACCCAGAUGAAGGUUUCUCCUCGGGAGCGUCCAACAGCAGCCAGCCCAGCGCCACCAAGCUAGGGGGCCCAGCGCCCAGGGCGGGGAGCCAGAGGAGCAGCGCUGUCAGGAAGACUGUCACCGCCAGACUGUCCCGGGAGAGAGACAGAGACAGGGAGAAGGAGCUGAUGCAGAGAGAGAAGGAGUUGGAGAAAAUGAAAGAACAGGAGAGAGUGCGGGAGAGGGAGAGAGAGCUGGAGAGAGCGAGGGAGAGGGAGAGGGAGCGAGUGAGGAUGGCGGAAAAUCGCAGAGAGCUAUUCUCAGAUAUCCAGGCCAUGCCCACAGCUCUGAGGCGACGCCAGCAGGCCCCUCCCAUUCCACCGCCCUCCGCUCCGCUCACCAUGGACACAAUCGAGAUCGAGCUUAGUCCAAUCAAUAAGCAGAUGUCCUCCCCUGGCCCUGCCUCCAGCCCCUCCCCCUGCCCUUUGGUCAGAACCGUCAGCUCCUCCUCCUCCAAGUCACUGUAUGAAGGUGUGAACAUGAACCUGAAUGGCGGCAGCAGCAGAGGGGGUGAUUUUGGGGGUUCAGGGGGGCUGGAGGGUGCUUUGGGUGGGAUGGGGGCCAGCGCCGGGGGCGGGGCCCACCGCUACUCCACCAUCAGCCUGCAAGAGGAGGUGCUGGCCCGGCCUGAGGAGAACCAGGAGUUACUUUCCCCUGGAGCUCCUCUCACCAAGCAGUCCCGCUCUCCCAGCUUUAACAUGCAGAUCAUAUCACAGGUGUAGCAUGGCCCAGCGUGGUCAGGACGGGGGGGUCUCUCUCUCGCUCACACACACACACACCCUUCUCACACACAAACACACACCUUUAGACAUACUUUAGGCAAAUAUACUGACCUUUAUACAGUAUUUAGACCAGUCAGGCUGUCCUACUGUACAUACCUGUCUCCACCACAUCUCUACCUAAAGACCCAGGAAUACCAGGGUCAAAGGUUAAAGGUAGGUGUCCUGGGUUGUGUACAGUCAGGCAGUGCUGGAAGUUAAAAUGACAACCGGACCAAAUACACUACCUGUGUAAUAUUAUGAUGUACUGUCGGUAUACAUCGUUUUUGACCAAACGGAGCAUUCCUCCUAUGACUGAUACCCCAACCAGAAGGUUACUGGUAGACAGAGGUCCUGAAGACGAGAGACAGAUCCUUUUAUAAGAGCUAGUGGUCUAAUUUAACAUUUCAAAGAUGAAUGACUGACUGAACCGGUCCAUGUCGACUCCGCAAUAAGAGGCUCAUCUUGGAGUUGAUCACUGUGUUCUGCAGUCCGCCCUGUUCAUCCGUGGGCGAUGUGCAAUCUGUUCUCUACUGACUAGUUGUUCUUGUGGAGAACAUCUGGGUUUUUGUUAGGUGGGAAAAUCAAAGCCCCGUCAAAAGUUAUGAUUUUAGAGGCAAGACCAAGAGAUGAUAAGUUUAAUUUACUCCAAUAAGUAGAUUUUGUUUAUUUAUAAAUUAUGCUGAAACUAUAUUAUUUUGACUUCUGUGAUUAAGUUGAUCAUUGUCCAGCUCCUGAUACUUUUUAAUCAACAAAAAAAUUAAUUUUCUUAUAGUUUUGUGUUAUUGUGACUUCAUGCUGUAUCUACGUUUUAAACAUAAAGAGGCCUACAACACGAAGUUAUCUGCUGAUGUGCCGAUCCAUGAUUGAAAGAAAACCCAAACCUCUUCAUCAAUCUAUGGAAAAACUGGACAUUCUAUUGAAACAGACCAUCUUGAUUGAACACACUGGAGAAAUGGAUCCUGUUAACUAAACUUUAGAAAGACUGAACACGCUGGAGAAAUGGAUUCUGUUAACUAAACUAUAGAAAGACUGAACACGCUGGAGAAAUGGAUCCUGUUAACUAAACUAUAGAAAGACUGAACACGCUGGAGAAAUGGAUCCUGUUAACUAAACUUUAGAAAGACUGAACACGCUGGAGAAAUGGAUUCUGUUAACUAAACUAUAGAAAGACUGAACACGCUGGAGAAAUGGAUCCUGUUAACUAAACUAUAGAAAGACUGAACACGCUGGAGAAAUGGAUCCUGUUAACUAAACUAUAGAAAGACUGAACACGCUGGAGAAAUGGAUUCUGUUAACUAAACUAUAGAAAGACUGAACACGCUGGAGAAAUGGAUCCUGUUAACUAAACUAUAGAAAGACUGAACACGCUGGAGAAAUGGAUUCUGUUAACUAAACUAUAGAAAGACUGAACACGCUGGAGAAAUGGAUCCUGUUAACUAAACUAUAGAAAGACUGAACACGCUGGAGAAAUGGAUCCUGUUAACUAAACUAUAGAAAGACUGAACACGCUGGAGAAAUGGAUCCUGUUAACUAAACUACAGAAAGACUGAACACGCUGGAGAAAUGGAUCCUGUUAACUAAACUAUAGAAAGACUGAACACGCUGAAA